AUGAGAUAUCACUUCAAAUUUGGGAGGGAAAUACAAAGUUGCACAAAUCGGUUCUAAGGUAGAUAUUAAAAGGACUUCUUUGCACAUAGGUAAAGUUGACAUUUUAGAAAAUAUAGGAUGUAAGAAUCCGUUAAUUUAUCGAAGAAUCAAUGUUGAGAAGCAAGGAAUAGCUAAAUACAUGGUUAGAGAAAGUAGUGGCUGGAUAAAAAGAUUGAUAUAAAAUUAUGAUUAAGCCGCAAUCUUUUUAAGCCCAACUAAUUGA